AGUUUAACACAAAAUAAAAAAUAUUCUGUAAAAAUCUCAAUACAUUUUUGUUGAUGCGAUCAGUUUUAAAAGUAACGUCAUAUGAGUUGGUAGUAAAAUACCAAAACGUGGUAAUAAAAACAACAACGGCAACAACGUCAAAACCGAAAACGUGUUCUAUUAACGCAUCUAGACGUGUUUUUCCUACUCUAACGAUUGAGUCUGUUGUUUUCCAGUGUAAAAUUUUUUAAACAACAAAAAAAAAAAAAUAAAAACGUAAAUGUAAAUAUUUAUUAGAUAUUUAAUGAAAAUUACACAUUCCUGGCCGCAAACAAGAAAAUAAAUAUAAAAAAAAAUAAAAUCGAAAUAAACAAAACAAAAAAAAAACGCCAAAGUUAAUAAAUUUAUUUACAACUUGUUUAUUUGCCCCGUCUCUUGUUGCUGUGUGUAACUAACUAAAUAAUAACUCUCUGCUGCCUCUUAAACGGUUGGCUCUGGCUGUAUUAGUAGAGACAAACAACAACUGCAAAAAUAAUAUAUAAAAUAAGAAAAACAAAAAAAAAAAGAAAAAUAUAAAUAAAAAAACAAUAAAUAUCAGUAUUUGUUGUUUUUGGAUGUUGUGUUUAAUGAAUGAAAUUUUUGUGUUUUUUUCACGUUUUUAUGAAUGAAUUUGUUAUUUAAACAAAAAAACAACAAAAACAAAAAUCUUCUACAUAUAAAGUGAGCUGAACAACAAUAAUAACAACAUCCAGCCAUUUCAACUGUAGCAAACCAACCAACCACCAACAACAACAAUAAUAAUUUUAAAACAAGUUGUUGUAUUUAAUAGUGUUUUUUUUAAAUGAAUCAAAAAAAAAUAAUUUUUGAUUGAAACGAAAAUAUAUCAAAAGUGUGCUUUUUGUAUCAAAUACGAAAAAAAAUUGGUUAAAGAAACCUGAUUUAAGUGAAAAUAUUUAUGAUUUUUUUUUAAUUUUCUAUGAAAUUUUUGGGGAUUUCCUCGCUAAAACAAGAAAAUCAACAAAAACUCAAUAUACAAAAAAUAUAUUAAAAAUUUUAAACACUUACAAUAAAAAAAAUAGUUUUUUAAAAUAAAAAUUAAAAAUCGACAGUUACUGUAACCAUACAAAAGAAAUUAAACAAAAUUUAAUGAAAAAAUCUACAAAAAAUUAUCAAAAAUUUAAUUUCAUAAAUUUUAUUGUAAAAUAAUUAAAUAAUUAAAAUAACAAUUCCAAAACCAAACUUGCAACAAAUCUAUUUAAAGUUCCAAAAAAAAAAAAAAAUAAUCAACAACAUUGUGAAUGUAAAAACAAACGUACGAAAUCUCGACACGAUUUAAAGUUUAAUUUCGAAAAUCAAAUAAAACAAAGAUAAAUAACGUUUUGUAGUAUUUUUUUUAUUUUAUGGCUGUAAGUUUAAAUGAAAAAUAAAACACUAAAAAAGCAAAAAAUAAACAUUAGAACAAUUAACAUUAUAAAUAAAUAAAUAGAAAACAAACAAAAAAAAUUAACAAAUACCACUACAAAAGAAACAAAAAAGCUCAAGGUGUACAACUAUAAAUAACAACAACAAAAAACAAUAACUGCAUACAAACAACAGCAACAUAAAAUAAAGUUAAAUAAAACAAACAACAAACACAUUUAACUAAAAGUGUCAAUUAUACACUUCACUAGAAAUUGCUGUAAUAGUGGAUUUUUUUCUUAACAACAACAACAAAAAAACAAUAGAAAAAUCAAAUAACCAAUAACAAAAAACAAAAUGUUAAUAUCAACGGUGUUUAUUGUUGCAACACAUCUCAUAAAUGUCUGUUAUAGCACGCGCCUGCCAUUGGAAGUCUAUGAAUUAACGCCCAGCAACAAUAACAACAACAACCCAGCAGGUGUCACAGCAACAGAUUUAAAACAUAAAAAUCUAGAAUAUUCCACCAUUAAUUCCCCAGCAGCAGCAUCGUCAUCAUCUUCCGAUUCCACUAACUAUUUUAAGCAACAUGCUAGCUCAUCGUUAAAUGAUCCUCAUCAUCCUCCCGAACAAGUAGAUCUAAAGAUUUUAUCUUCGAAAGAGCACACACAAACUCAACUAUCCAAUCAAUUGGAUCGUAGGAGAUCAAGGCAAAUGUUAGAUCUUCUCAAGUCGCAUCAUGAUUUAACAGGAAAUUACAAUAAAUUGCAUACGCUGCAAAUGCAAUUGCCCACAACAACAAGUACAACGCAUGCUAGUGGCGUAAGUGGUGGUGGUAAUGGUGCUGCAUCAACUAAUGUGGCCCAUCAUAAUGGCAAGGAUGUGCGCAUAUUAUAUCAAGUUGGUGACUCUGAAGAUGAUCUACCCAUUUGUGCGCCCAAUGCCGUCUGCUCGAAAAUCGAUCUAUACGAAACACCCUGGAUAGAGCGUCAGUGUCGUUGUCCCUCCAUCAAUCGGGCACCCGAAAUAGUCAUACAUCAUCAUCACAAGGACUCACAUUCGCACAACAAUCACAAUUCCGAGAAAUAUCACAGUUACUAUGAACACACGAAAAUUCUCCAUCAAAAUAAACAUUUGCUCUUAGAUGCUGCCGGCUUUGGGGCGGAUAAAAAAUAUGAUAACCUACACUUGAAGAAAUUAAUGCAUAAAUUAGGGGCUGUUUAUGAGGAUGACAUAAAUUUACCCUCGGACUAUGUGCUGCAUGAAGAAAACUCAGCCUUGGCUAGCAAUGAGGAGGGUGGCUCUUUGUUGUAUUCAGAUGAUAUUAAUGAUAAUGCUUUUCCUCAUUUGGCCAUGAAGAGACAGCAGCAGCAGCAACAUUUGUAUAGCAAUUCAGCUCAUAUGAGACAUUCGGGGCAUAUGGGUCAUCAGGAGAAACUGACGUAUAUUGGCGGCUGUCCCAGUGGUUUGGGGGUGGAAGAUGGCCAUACGAUUGCCGACAAGACCAGACAUUAUAAAUUGUGUCAGCCUGUUCAUCGGCUGCCGGUGUGUAGACAUUUUCGUGAUUACACUUGGACUUUGACUACAUCGGCGGAAGUGAAUUCAACGGAGCAGAUUGUUCACUGUCGCUGUCCUAAAAAUUCAGUGACAUAUUUAACGAAACGAGAGCCCUUGGAUGAUGGCAAUUCGGGUUAUAAAUAUUUGUUUGCGUGUUCUCCAUUAACGCGCCUGAGAUGUCAACGCAAACAACCUUGUAAAUUAUUUACAGUAAGAAAACGUCAAGAGUUCAUUGACGAGGUCAACAUCAAUGCCUUGUGUCAGUGUCCCAAGGGUCAUCAUUGUCCCAGUCAUCAUACGCAGUCCGGUGUUAUAGCCGGUGAAACAUUUUUGGAAGACAAUAUCCAAACCUAUUCCGGCUACUGUAUGGUCAACGAUUGAUUCCAAAACAAAAACAAAAAGAAUUUCCAAUAUUUUGUAAAAAUUUUAACACAUACACACACACACCCACA